AUGCCGAAGGAGAAGAAUUUCAACCCGGUGCAGGCCCAGCGCAAAGCUGACAAGGCUAAAGCACUCAAGAAAGGCAAGGCAGAAGCCGCCACCCGCCGAAAUGAGAAGCUUGCAAAGCGAAACCCCGAGAGAUUACAGAAGCAGAUCGAUGACCUAAAGAAGAUUACCUCUAGCGGCGGCAAACUCACCAAGUACGAAGAAUCGGUACUAGAAGGAUUGGAACGCGACCUGAAAUCGGUUAAUAAGGCUAGGGAAGCACUGGGUGACAAGGCGCCAUCUUUUGGCCGUAGCAGUGGCUUCAGAGGCGACGGUCAAGGGAACAAUAAUGUGCUGGGCAAGCGAAGAAGAGGCGGUGAUGACGGUCUAAGCAGCGAUAGCGACGUGCCAGACGAUGUCAAAAGUAUCCCUAUGCCGCGAGACACGCCGCCACCAAUUCCGAAGGAGAUACUAGACAAAUGGUAUGCGAAACGCAGGGCGGCACGAAAUGCAAACGAUACACCGCUGGGCGGUCAAGACAGGCAACCGCCGCCAACCGCGCCGGUAGAAUCUAAGACGGUAUAUGAAUCGAAACCGAUAGUACGCGAUUUGCGUAAGGAAGCCGUUAGCGCAUUCGUGCCCACGGCAGUUCGGAUGAAGAUGGAAAAGAGCAAAGGCCACGGUGGUCUAAUGGAGCCUGAAGAAGCAGACCGUUUAGAGAAAGAAGGCUACCUCAAAACUACUCUAACCCAAAAUGACGCGUCAGAAUUCACCACAACGACAGGGCCCCAAAAAGUUUCGAUGGAGGAAGUGGAAGACGAUCAAGAUUGA